CAGAGAGCAUUGUUUCCGUUUCUGUUCUUCAUUUUGAACACUCUCUAGUUUUCCCAAUUUAAAACCCUAGUUUCGAGAUCACCGAAUGUUUGAUCGCUUCCACCAUGGGAGCCAGCCGAAAACUCCAGGGAGAGAUUGAUCGGGUACUCAAGAAGGUCCAGGAGGGCGUUGAUGUCUUCGAUAGUAUCUGGAACAAGGUUUACGACACCGAGAACGCGAAUCAGAAGGAGAAAUUUGAGGCGGAUCUGAAGAAGGAGAUUAAGAAGCUCCAGAGAUAUCGAGACCAGAUAAAAACAUGGAUCCAGUCGAGCGAGAUAAAAGAUAAAAAAGUUAGUGCCUCUUAUGAGCAGGCUCUCAUGGAUGCUCGCAAGCUUAUUGAGAAAGAAAUGGAAAGAUUUAAAGUAUGUGAGAAGGAGACUAAAACAAAAGCCUUUUCAAAAGAAGGCUUAGGCCAACAACCCAAAACUGAUCCAAAAGAGAAGGCGAAAUCGGAGACAAGGGAUUGGUUGAAUAAUGUGGUUGGAGAUCUGGAAAGUCAGAUUGAUAACUUUGAAGCAGAGGUUGAAGGGUUAUCUGUGAAGAAAGGGAAGACAAGGCCACCUCGAUUGACUCACCUGGAGACAUCUAUUUCCCGUCAUAAGGCACAUGUAAUGAAGCUGGAGUUGAUUUUAAGACUACUAGAUAAUGAUGAAUUAAGUACUGACCAAGUUAAUGAUCUUAAAGAAUUUCUGGAAGAUUACGUUGAACGCAAUCAGGAGGAUUUUCAUGAGUUUGAUGACGUUGAUGAGUUCUAUAGCUCUUUGCCAUUGGACAAGGUGGAAGCACUUGAGGAUCUAGUGACACUCGGUCCAUCUAGUCUUGUUAAGGGAGUUGGUGCUGUUUCCACUUCUACGGCAGUAGGUUUGAAGAACUCUAUAGCAACAUCAUCAACUCAGUUACCUUCUUCUUUGUCAUCAGCUUCUCAGCAGAGCACUUCUUCACAGGACCAAGGUGAAGAAACAUCUUCUCAAGAUGGUACUGACAUUGCUCCCAGAACACCACCAACAAAAACUGGUGGUGCGGGAUCUUCCAUAUCAGCAGUUUCGCCAAUUUCUGUCUCUGGAAUUCCAGUGGGACCUAACUUGACUGCAACUGCUACUGUCUCUACACGCCCAUCAGUCAGUGGCCUAACAGCAGCAACAAUUCUUUCUGCUCCAGUAACUGUUCGUGCUGUCACAGAGAAUCCUGCCACCAAUGUUCCUUCAUCAGUUGCCAUUGCUAAUACAGGGAAGGAGGAGGAUACCAUAAAUUUUCCUGGUCGUAAGCCAUCUCCAGCCAUCCCUGAGGCAUUGCCGAGAGGCAUCAACAGAGCUGUCUCCAGCCAACCUUCGAUUAAUUCUGCUAUGAGUUUGGGUUCUGCUGGUGGUAUCUCAAGUGCUGGGACUGUUGGUUUAGUUCCACCUGCAGCAGAUGUUGCUAAGAGAAAUAUUUUAAGUGUUGAUGACAGAAUUGCAAGCGGUGGUCUUUCCCAGUCAAUGGGUUCUCCUCUAAAUAACAGAAUGAUGUUACCGCAGGUUCCCAAAACAAGUGAUGGAACUGCUUCAACUGAUUCUAAUAAUGUUAGUGAAGGUGCUGUUCUUGGUGGAAGGGUCUUUGGUGUUCAGUGGAGACCUCAAACUGGCAAUUCAUUUCCAAGCCAAAAUGAAAUGGGUCAGUUUCGUGGAAGACCUGAGAUUGCUCCUGAUCAGAGGGAGAAGUUUCUUCAGAAGCUCCAACAAGUACAACAGCAAGGUCAUAGUAACCUUCUUGGUGCACCAAUUCUUCCUGGUGCAAGUCACAAGCAAUUUACCGCACAACAACAAAAUUCACUCUUACAGCAGUUCAAUUCUCAAAGUCCUCUUUCACCUCAAAUGGGACUAGGACUAGGAGUUCAGUCAUCAGGUCUCUCUACCGUUGUAUCUUCUCCACAACAACAGCAAUCGCCCAUCCAUCAACAAUCAACCCAGCAUCCUUUGAUCUCAAGUGUAUCAAAAGACGCAGUUGAGGAGCAGCAGCAGCUACAAAGCUUUCCUGAUGACAUGACCACAGAAAGUGGUUCAAGUUCUGCAUUGAAUAAGAUUAUAAAUGAUGAUGAUUUGAAAACACCAUUUAUGGCCACUGGAUCUACCUCAAUCAUGGAAGGUAAUCGAUUACCUAGAGACACUGAUCUCUCACCUGGCCAGCCUGUGCAACCUGGGCAGCCUUCAGCUAGUCUUGGUGUAAUUGGUCGAAGAAGUGCUCCUGACCUUGGUGCAAUUGGUGAUAACCUUAGCGGAUCAGUUGGAAAUUUUGGAGGAAUGCAUGAUCAGAUUUAUAACAUGCAGAUGCUUGAAGCUGCAUAUGGCAAACUGCCACAGCCGAGGGAUUCAGAACGUGUAAAAAGCUACAUACCAAAGCACCCUGCUGAUACUCCUGCUAGCUAUCCCCAAGUUCAGGCUCCAAUUAUGGACAAUCCUGCUUUCUGGGAAAGAUUGGGGGUUGAGCCAUAUGGCACAGAUACUUUGUUCUUUGCAUUUUAUUAUCAACAGAACACUUACCAGCAGUUUUUAGCCGCAAGAGAAUUAAAAAGGCAAUCAUGGAGAUUCCAUAGGAAAUAUAACACUUGGUUUCAACGCCAUGAGGAGCCAAAAGUUACAAAUGAUGAGUUUGAGAGAGGAACAUAUGUAUACUUUGACUUCCAUAUUCCUGAAGAUACGACAACACAAGGAUGGUGUCAAAGAAUCAAGACUGAGUUCACAUUUGAGUACAAUUACCUUGAAGACGAGCUUGUUGUUGUGUAGGAAGCUUAACCUCCAGGAAGAGAGAAUUCAGCAUCUUCUCAUUCCGGAUGAGUAAUCCUGAGAUACAUCAAAGAGUUUUACAGUUUAAUGAUGUUGUAAUAAUGAAUAUGAUUAACUUUGUUUUGUUUUUGUUUUUGUUUUUUGUUUUUGUUUUUUUUUUGUAUAUGUAUCAUGCAUCGGCCUGGUGGUGUAUGUCAGAACUAUCGAACUUUUAGUAUAUAACUUAUUCUGAAAACAGCAGCUCCCAAAUCCCAAUUUCAAGAAA